AAAGAAACAACUACGUUAACAAAAUAGCGGAACUUUCGUAAGAAAUAAAUGAACUCCUGUUGGCACCGGACGUCUUAGUGGGUGACACGCAGAUGCAGGAAAAGAUAAACAAAGAUGUCUAAGUCAAAAUCGUUUUUGGUGCUUUGCAUGGACGUGGGCUUCUCCAUGUCCAACUCAACACCCGGUGAAGAAUCUACAUUUGAUCUCGCCAAAAAAGUCAUUCAGAAGUUCGUCCAACGCCAGGUAUUUGCAGAAGCUAAAGACGAAUUGGCGUUAGUUCUAUUUGGCACAGACUCUACGAAUAACCCUCUGGCCCAGGAUGGCCAGUACCAGAACAUUACUGUACAUCGCAACCUGAUGAUACCUGAUUUUGAGCUUCUGGAGGAGAUAGAGAAUCAGGUCCACCCAGAGGAUCAACAGGCUGACUGGCUGGAUGCUCUUGUUGUCUGCAUGGAUCUCCUUCAAACAGCAACACAGGGGGCAAGUUAUGAUCGACUCAACAUUGCCCUCCUGAGUGACCUUUCUACUGAAGCAGACUCGGAGCAGCUGGACAUCAUCAUUGAAAAUCUCAAACAAGCUGGCAUCACGUUGCAGUUCUUUUUACCCUUCCCUGUGGAAGAUGAAGCAAAGGAUGCUGGGGAUGCUGGCAGAGGAGGUCCAGGUCCUCCUGGUUCUGGCAAAGGUCUGUCCAGAGAGCAGAAGAAUGGACUGGACAUGGUCAAACACAUCAUGCUCAGCCUGGAUGAGCAGGAAGGUCUCGAUCAGGUUUACACGUUCAGGAAUGCAAUUGAGGAACUUCACAUGUUUAAAUGCAUCGAGAGAACACCUAUGGCGUGGCCCUGUCAGCUGACCAUCGGCAGUGCUUUGUCCAUCCGCAUCGUCGGCUACAAAGCUGUGACCGAGGAGAAGUUGAAAAAAACAUGGAUCACGGUUGACGCUCAAAGCCAUCAGAAAGACGACGUAAAGAGAGAGACCGUCUACUGUCUUGACGACGACAACGAGACAGAGGUGGAUAAGGACGACAUCAUUCAAGGUUUUAGUUAUGGAAGUGAUAUUGUUCCCUUCUCCAAAGUGGAUCAAGAGCAGAUGAAAUACAAACACGAUGGGAAGUGCUUUGCUGUUCUUGGCUUUACCAAACAGAACAUGGUUCGUCGCCAUUCCUUCAUUGGGAAUCAAGCCAUCAAGAUAUUCGCUGCACUUAACGACCAGCAUGCAGGAGUGGCACUGUCCGCUCUCGUCCGAGCUUUGGACGAGCUCAACAUGGUGGCCAUUGUUCGCUACGCCUACGACCGGCGCUGUAACCCUCAAAUAGGAGCAGCUUUCCCUUGCAUCAAGCAGCACUAUGAGUGUCUGAUAUAUGUCCAGCUUCCCUUCAUGGAGGACCUCAGCCACUUCACAUUUGCUCCUUUGGACAGCAAGAAAUGUGCCCCCUCUGACACGCAGCUGCAGGCUGUCAACUCUCUCAUUGACUCCAUGAUGUUGGUGGAGGUGGAUGAAGAUGGAGAUCUAAAAGACCUGGUCAAAGUCCACGACAUUCCCAAUCCGGCAUUCCAGAGGCAUUUCCAGUGCCUGCAUCAUCGGGCCGUCAGCCCCGGCACCUCCUUACCCCCCAUAGAACCAUGGCUGACGGCUUUACUCGACCGCCCAGAUGUCAUCAAGAAUCGUUGUGGAGUGCCGCUCGAGGAGGUGAAAAGGCUGUUUCCUCUCAAAGAGGUGGAGAAGAAAAAGAAGCUGAAGACCAGCGCUCAGAUCUUUGGAAAAGAUCCUGAGCAGCCGGAUGCCAAGAAGGCAAAAGGAGACAGUGCAGAGGAGGAGGGGGAGUAUAAUCUGGCUGACAUUUCGGAAGGCUCCGUUACUUCGGUUGGUAGUGUCGAUCCCGCCCGGGACUUCUGCAUCCUCAUCAGGCGAAAAACGCUCCCAUUCCAAGGAGCCUGCGAGCAGCUGACUCACAGGAUAGAGCAGUUGCUAGGCAACAAGAACACACAGUACUAUAUGAAAAGCAUCACCUGUAUCCAGGCUUUCAGAGAGCAGUCAAUAAAGCUGGGGAAUGCUGAUCCGUACAAUGACUACCUCCAGUCCCUGAAAAAGAGCAUCCCAAGCAAGGGUCUGGAAGUCUUCUGGGACCUGCUUGUCCAAGACGCUGUAUCUCUUAUCAGCCAGGACGAGGUGCAAGGAAGUUCUGUGUCCAAACACGAAGCCACUAAGUUUUUGUUUGUCGAGGAGAAGAAAGACGAAGCAGUCGCAAUACCAGAAAAUGACGCCGGCGACGUCGAUGACUUGCUGGACAUGAUGUAAGAAAGAAGGCAACGGGAGCGUCAGGAAAAAAAAAGCAAAGAAUGCGUCAUUGUUUAGCCGUCCAAAGCGGUCCAGUCGUCCGUUGUUCUGCCUCCCACAUGGAGACCUCUUAGUACUUUUGGAUAAAUACUGCUCUGGACAAGA